UUGGGGGAGGGUCUCUGGGACAGACAAGUGCAGUGGCCAGGGUGACAAGAGGAUGGGGGUCUCAGCAUAGCCAGCAGACCUAGGGAAGGCGGCCAGCUCCUUCUGGGGAGGACCUGGGAGAGCAGAGCCUGAGUGUGGAAAGACCGAGGGAAACGUCAGAAGACGCUGGGGUCGCUUUCCCAGACUCCCGGAGAAGCCCCUGCCUCCUGGCCUCCCCCCUUCCUAGAAGGUAGCUUCUGCCGGACAGUGGAAUUUUCCCAAGACAGGCUCCUCCCUCCUGGGCUGGGAUUCUCUGUUCUACCCCAUCCUCCCAGACCUGGGCUACGCCUGGGGCUGGGGGUCAGAUAGAGAAGAAAAAAAGAGGGCUCUGCCCCAGAGGGGCUGGGGUUUUACGGAGCACGCCUGCCCUGAGAGGCAUGUGUUCUGAGCGUGGGGAAGCUCGUGCUGCAUUUCCCUUUCUUAUUAUUUUUUUCUCCCAGGCUGGCUGGACCAGCUAGCCUGGACUUUGAGUCCCUUGACCCGGAGCCCUGGUAAGGGGCGAGGGCACUGGAGAGGGUUAAUGGAGUGCCGGGGGCUGGCCCUUCCCCAUCUUGUUUUCUCACCUCCACUCCAGGGCCCUGGCCCAGCUACCAUCAGUCAUACUCCAGGGACCGAGGAAGGGAUGGGAGGGAUAAGGGGUGGAUAUGGAGGCCCCCCUCCUCCAGGUUGCCUAGACAACCUCAGAAAUCGUGGCCCGGGCCUCUUCCGCCUGCGGGGCCUCUGCUUCCUGCAUCAGUCACUCCCGCUGGGGGCGGGGCGGAGGAAGGGGUUGGAUGUGGCAGAGCCAGGCCCGGCUGCUGCGGCUCAGACUCCCCCCGCCGUCUCCGCGGCCCGAGCCAUGGCAUCCUAUCCAUCCGGCCCCGGCAAACCCAAGGCCAAAUAUCCCUUUAAGAAGCGUGCCAGCCUGCAGGCCGCCUCUGCAGUACCAGAGGCUCGGGGUGGGCUGGGGGCCCCUCCGCUGCAGUCUGCCCGAUCCCUGCCAGGCCCUGCCCCCUGCCUCAAGCACUUCCCGCUUGACCUGCGCACGUCUAUGGAUGGCAAAUGCAAGGAGAUCGCCGAGGAGCUGUUCAGCCGCUCCCUAGCUGAGAGCGAGCUCCGUAGCGCCCCGUACGAGUUCCCCGAAGAGAGCCCCAUUGAGCAGCUGGAGGAGCGGCGGCAGCGGCUGGAACGGCAGAUCAGCCAGGAUGUCAAGCUGGAGCCGGACAUCCUGCUUCGGGCCAAGCAAGAUUUCCUGAAGACAGACAGUGAAUCGGACCUCCAGCUCUACAAGGAGCAGGGUGAGGGACAGGGCGACCGGGGCCUGCGGGAGCGCGAUGUGGUGCUGGAAAGAGAAUUUCAGCGGGUCACCAUCUCUGGGGAGGAGAAGUGUGGAGUACCAUUCACAGACCUCCUGGACGCAGCCAAGAGUGUGGUGCGGGCUCUUUUCAUCCGGGAGAAGUACAUGGCCCUGUCGCUUCAAAGCUUCUGCCCCACCACCCGCCGGUACCUGCAGCAGCUGGCCGAGAAGCCUCUGGAGACGCGGACCUACGAGCAGGGCCCCGACACCCCUGUGUCCGCUGAUGCCCCGGUACACCCCCCUGCGCUGGAACAGCACCCGUAUGAGCACUGUGAGCCUAGCACCAUGCCUGGGGACCUGGGCUUGGGUCUGCGCAUGGUGCGGGGCGUGAUGCACGUCUAUACCCGCAGGGAACCCGAUGAGCAUUGCUCAGAGGUGGAGCUGCCAUACCCUGACCUGCAGGAAUUUGUGGCAGACGUCAAUGUGCUGAUGGCCCUGAUUAUCAACGGCCCCAUAAAGUCAUUCUGCUACCGCCGGCUGCAAUACCUGAGCUCCAAGUUCCAGAUGCAUGUGCUGCUCAACGAGAUGAAGGAGCUGGCUGCCCAGAAGAAGGUGCCACACCGAGAUUUCUACAACAUUCGCAAGACCGUGGACCUUCCUGGCCUCCAGUGGACCCAGGAGCCCCCUGUUCCACCCCAGGUGGACACGCACAUCCAUGCCUCGUCCUGCAUGAACCAGAAGCAUCUGCUGCGCUUCAUCAAGCGGGCGAUGAAGCGACACCUGGAGGAGAUCGUGCACGUGGAGCAGGGCCGCGAGCAGACGCUGCGGGAGGUGUUCGAGAGCAUGAAUCUCACUGCCUACGACCUGAGUGUGGACACGCUCGAUGUGCACGCGGACAGGAACACCUUCCAUCGCUUUGACAAGUUCAAUGCCAAAUACAACCCUAUUGGGGAGUCCGUUCUCCGAGAGAUCUUCAUCAAGACCGACAACAGAGUUUCUGGGAAAUACUUUGCUCACAUCAUCAAGGAGGUCAUGUCGGACCUGGAGGAGAGCAAAUACCAGAAUGCGGAGCUGCGGCUCUCCAUCUAUGGGCGCUCAAGAGACGAGUGGGACAAGCUGGCACGCUGGGCCGUGAUGCACCGUGUGCACUCUCCCAAUGUGCGCUGGCUCGUGCAGGUGCCCCGCCUCUUUGAUGUGUACCGUACCAAGGGCCAGCUGGCCAACUUCCAGGAGAUGCUGGAGAACAUCUUCCUGCCACUGUUUGAGGCCACCGUGCACCCUGCCAGCCACCCAGAGCUGCACCUCUUCUUGGAACAUGUGGAUGGCUUUGACAGUGUGGAUGAUGAGUCCAAGCCUGAGAACCACGUCUUCAACCUGGAGAGCCCCCUCCCUGAGGCCUGGGUGGAGGAGGACAACCCACCCUAUGCCUACUACCUAUACUACACCUUCGCCAACAUGGCCAUGCUGAACCACCUGCGCAGGCAGAGGGGCUUCCACACAUUUGUGCUGAGGCCGCACUGCGGGGAGGCUGGGCCCAUCCACCACCUGGUGUCGGCCUUCAUGUUGGCUGAGAACAUCUCGCACGGGCUGCUUCUGCGCAAGGCCCCGGUCCUGCAGUACCUGUAUUACCUGGCCCAGAUAGGCAUCGCCAUGUCCCCGCUCAGCAACAACAGCCUCUUCCUGAGCUACCACCGGAACCCACUACCUGAGUACCUGUCCCGUGGCCUCAUGGUCUCGCUGUCCACUGACGACCCCCUGCAGUUCCACUUCACCAAGGAGCCGCUGAUGGAGGAGUACAGCAUCGCCACCCAGGUGUGGAAGCUCAGCUCCUGUGACAUGUGUGAGCUGGCACGCAACAGUGUGCUCAUGAGCGGCUUCUCCCACAAGGUGAAGAGCCACUGGCUGGGACCCAACUAUACCAAGGAGGGCCCCGAGGGCAACGACAUCCGCCGUACCAAUGUGCCGGACAUCCGCGUGGGCUACCGCUACGAAACGCUGUGCCAGGAGCUGGCACUUAUCACGCAGGCCAUCCAGAGCGAGAUGCUGGAAACCAUCCCAGAGGAGAUGGGUGUCACAAGCCCGGGGCCUCAGUGAGCCUGGCCCCCACAGUGCCCACUGCGUCUCAGCAUCUUGGCCAUGUUUUGUCCUUGGACCCCUCCCACCCUGCUCUGGUCUCUGCAUGUGUCCGUUCUUCUUUGUUCUGUCCUGCAUGUUUCUGACCUAUAUCUGUCCCUGUGCCACCCCAGUGAGAGUGGUGUCCAGGAUCUGCUCUGCCCUUGUCUUGGCUCAUGUGGCACCUGAUGGCCCAGGUUUGAGGGCUGCCCUGCUGGUAGCCCUGUCUCAGGAUCCUCUGAAGCCUAGCUGUCCACAGGGGCUAGGGAUGGUUGUGGGGGGCUGGCCCCUCUAGCCCUUAGGGUCCUGCCUGGGCAAAUCUGAGCUUUGGCCAUGGCUUGUGUUUAGGCCCCCACCUGGUUCAUGUGCCUGAGGGGCAGUCAGGGUGGAGCCUGUACAUGUCUGCUGCAGGCAUGGGGCUGCUGGGGGUCUGCGGGCUGCAGCAGCUCUGCAUGGCUAGAGUUGGGCUGAGAGCUCAGUCAUAGCCCUGGUGCCUGGAAUCGGGCCUCGGAGGUGCUGGACCACCACCUCUGCCAAGUCACUGCCAGCAGCCUUCUCCGUCCUUCCUCCGGUCCACGUGCUCCUCUGGUAUCAGCUUCGUGUGCUUCUGUGGGAGGGAGCAGCCACCCUGUGCCAUGUCUGGGGCCACUGCAGCCGGAGGGUCCUGGAUCUGCCACCAGCCCUGAGGGUGGCAUUCCUGGUAUGGUCCCCAGAAUUUUGAUCAGACCUGGACCCUGGCUGGUCCCCUGUGUUGUGUCCUGGACCGAGGCCUUUGCUGUGAAAUGCAGUGUUUCAUACAAUCCCAUCUUUCCUAGUGCAUGAGAAAUAAAGAUUAUUUAAGUAAUGCGG